UUGCAUUUCCGUUUGUCGAAUGGAGGUUAAACUUCCGGUAACAAGACGAGGACAACAAGACAGACGGGAACAGCGGGCGCGAGGCUGUCUCAGUUUCUAAUAUACAUUGCUUAUAAAAAAUAUAUGAUAUUGAAAAUUCGAGAUACUAUCACAACCCACAACGUGCAAAUCGUUGUGCAACUAGCUAGGAAAACAAAUUGAUCGCGUAGUAGUCAGCUACUCAUCUAAGUGGAGGCUCCCGCGUGGGCCUAGUCGCGGGUUUGCUAAUGUUAGCUGGCUAGCUGUAACCAAAACAAAAAAGAACGCAUUGUUUCGAAAGGAUCAUCAGCUUUUACGCGUUUUUCCGUGCACAGAAAUCUGUGUUACUCUGUGUAAUCUUUUAAAACUCGUUUUAUUUUUCUUUUGGCGUUUUUUUUUCGAUAGGUCGAUUUGUGUUGCGUUGAAUUUAGCUACCUGGCUAACGAAACGUUGACAAAGUUAUUCCCGUGCUAGAUAACGUGCUAGCUAUCGUAUAGCUGCUGGCUAGCUGUUCGCCCGUCCAUUCAGCCACAAACCUAAAAUGUCGGAUUUUGACGAAUUUGAGAAACAGUUGAACGAAAACAAACAAGUGAUCGCCUCAGAGCGGGACAAGGAGAACCGGCACCGCCGGCGCACACCGUCCCGCAGCCGCAGCCGUGAGAGGAAGAGGAGGAGCCGGGAGAGGAAGAGCCGAGACCAGCGCAGCGACAGCGACAGCAAGGACCGCAGACAGAGGCGAAGCACACAGAAUCAGAAUCAGAAUCAAAAUCAAAACCAACCCCAACCCCAAGAGAAUGCCGUGAGCAGUCAUUCUCCACACCGUGAGAAGAAGAAGAAAGUGAGGAAGUACUGGGAUGUCCCGCCUCCGGGCUUCGAGCACAUCACGCCCAUGCAGUACAAAGCCAUGCAGGCUGCUGGGCAGAUCCCAGCCACUGCCCUGCUGCCCACGAUGACGCCGGAUGGCCUGGCGGUCACACCCACCCCUGUACCUGUGGUGGGCAGCCAGAUGACCCGGCAAGCCCGGCGGCUCUACGUUGGCAACAUACCAUUUGGCAUCACUGAGGAAUCGAUGAUGGACUUCUUCAAUGCUCAGAUGCGUCUGGGCGGUCUGACUCAGGCUCCUGGAAACCCCAUCCUUGCCGUGCAGAUUAACCAGGACAAAAACUUUGCCUUCCUUGAGUUCCGCUCUGUGGAUGAGACGACCCAGGCCAUGGCCUUCGACGGGAUCAUCUUCCAGGGCCAGAGCUUGAAGAUCCGCCGUCCCCACGACUACCAGCCGCUGCCGGGCAUGAGCGAGAACCCCAGCGUCUAUGUGCCGGGAGUGGUGUCUACGGUGGUUCCGGACUCUGCCCAUAAACUGUUCAUCGGUGGCCUGCCUAAUUACCUCAACGAUGACCAGCAGUCUAAUGAGCCAGCUAUACUCCCUGCAGUGAAGGAGCUGCUGACCUCCUUCGGCCCUCUGAAAGCCUUUAACCUUGUGAAGGACAGCGCCACCGGACUGUCCAAGGGCUACGCCUUCUGUGAAUAUGUGGAUGUCAAUGUGAACGACCAGGCCAUCGCUGGGCUGAAUGGGAUGCAGCUGGGGGAUAAGAAGCUGUUGGUGCAGAGGGCCAGUGUGGGAUCCAAGAAUGCCACCCUGAUGAGCAUAAACCAGACCCCGGUGACGCUGCAGGUGCCGGGCCUGAUGAACAGCUCCAUGGUGCAGAUGGGCGGCCUGCCCACCGAGGUGCUCUGCCUCAUGAACAUGGUGGCGCCCGAGGAGCUGCUGGACGACGAGGAGUACGAGGAGAUCGUGGAGGACGUGCGGGACGAGUGCAGCAAGUACGGCCAGGUGAAGAGCAUCGAGAUCCCCCGUCCCGUCGACGGCCUGGAGGUCCCCGGCACCGGCAAGAUCUUCGUGGAGUUCAUGUCGGUGUUCGACUCCCAGAAGGCCAUGCAGGGGCUCACAGGCAGGAAGUUUGCCAACAGGGUCGUGGUCACCAAGUACUGUGACCCCGAUGCCUAUCACCGUCGAGAUUUCUGGUAGAUACGGAGGGAGGGCGAGGCUGCGGUGGGGUGGGGGGGUAUGGGGGGGUGACCGGGGGUGGGUAGCAGUGUGGACCAGCACAGGGGAUGACUUGUGAAAUUAAAAAUGAAUGAAAGAUGUACAAGGCGGGGCAAUUAUUUUGUAUUGAGAAAGCGGCGGUGGCAGGUUGUGUGGCGAAUGUCCUCUGAAGCGAUGUAUAUUGAGACACAGGAAUUUAAUUGGUUUCAAGAGGGCGUCAAUGGCAGUGGGCAAGGAGUUUUUUUUUUUUACCUUGUGUUGGGUGAAUAUAGUGGCAUGGAGGGUCUCCUAAGACAUGGUAUUUAAAUAGAGGGAGUCCAUUUUAUUGUACGUGGAAAGGGGGGAAGACUUGUCCACUCCACCCAGUGAAGGAAGGACUGGUGUGCACAGCAAAGAGAGGAAAAAAUAAUAAAUAAAUGAGAAUGAAUUCUAAAUUUGUUUUGGACAGAGGGAGGAGAAAUUUUACCCUCUUCUUUAUUCCCCAUUUUGAGGGGUGGGGGAGGGGGAGACCAGGAAGUUAGGGAAAGGGUGGAAGGUGAAGGUGAAUGUAGUUCAUAUCCGAAAACAAGGGGGUUGAGGCAGUGGAAAGAGAAUAUCAGGCUUUUUACAUCUCCCUCCAUGUUCUCCCAUCUCCACAGCCUUAAAAAUCGCUCUCUCCCCCACUGUUUAUCACUAGCAGUGUCUUUAGCACUGUGUCAUUUUGACUUUCCACAUUCAGAUUUGUAUUUACUAAAAAGCUGUCAUUUCCGUAGUUUUCAUCUUUCAGUUAAAGGUCAUCAGCUGCUGUUUUUGAUACCCAGAAAAAUUUGACAAAACUAAUACCUUGCAAUGUGGGACAUAACCAGCACUGCAGAGAACUGAAGUACCUUUUUGAUAUAGAGCCUAGCUUGUUUCUGUAUGCGUAGUAGGGACUCUCAACCUUGUUUUCAUAAUAAAACAUAUUAAAAAGUUUGAUUUUGAGAUGAUCGUAUUGUUCUCUAUUAGCAUGUUUCCCAAAACAAAAACACCCAACACCCAGCAAUCAACAGCACACGUAAAAUGACCGUCAGUCUUUCCUUUUAAGUUUAAGAAAAAUCUUCCUUGUACAAGAUUUAUGCCAAAGCCUUUGAACAGCCUAGUUUCUUACAGUAGAGUAGAGCAAAUCAGCAAGACCAAUUCUAAAUACCUGUUGUCAUGUGUGAAUACAUUUGUUUCUCUGCUCCUUGUUUACAAGUUUAAAUGGUUAUGAAUAUUUCAAUGUCAGUUACGGUUGCUGUCGACUUUAAGCAUUUAUCAUUAUUUGCCUAGAACCCUUCAGCCCUCUAGUUUGAUUUAUUUUAUUUUUUUGUGUUGUAGUUUCGCCCCCUUGGGAUGAAUUUAAGUAACAAUUCCAUGCUAAUGACCAAUAAGAAUUAAGCUCUGCACAGUAUUAUAUAAUGCAAAUAAACACCUGCGUUUGCUUUGUUGUGAAAUGGCUCAGUGACUGUAGAGCAGUAGUGUUCAGCUGGGACUGUUACCUAACAGGACGAUUUUUCUGUUGUACAAACAGCAGACACUAGGUGGCAGCAUGCUGCUGAACAGGGCUACUUGUUAUAGCUGUUCAGGAAAAUUGCAUCAUGGGUAAAUUAGAAGAAAACUGGCUUUAAUAUCAUACGUUGUUGGGCUUGUGGUUUUCAAGUGCUGAUACACGCACUCUUCCCCCUCGCAGAUGUCUGUUGCUUUCAUCUAUACUACAAAGGACCAUGAGCUCUAUAAUUAAAUUUUUCCUUUUUUUUUUUUUUGCUGGAGAGAAAUCUUACCACACAAACACACAUUCAGUGUUCUCCCCCUCCCUCCUUUUCUUUCUUGUUUUUUUUGUUUUAAUGUUGGUUUUUUGGGAUGUGAUCAUACAAGUGAAUGAGAGGUAAUAAAAUGUCCUCAACCUGGACUAGUUUGAAGUUGGAGAAA